AAAAGAGAACGUCAGAGGGUACCCAACACUCAGUGGAGAAAGAUGGACGGCGUGGUGCGCAAAGCUGACAAAGGGAAGGUGAAAAACUGUAAGGAGGAUAUCGACACUCUACUCGUCUUUGCUGGUUUGUUCUCCGCAGUGCUCACGGCCUUCGUUAUCGAAUCCUAUCACAACCUGCAACCAGAUACCUCGACAGAGACCGUCACCCUCUUACGCCAGAUAUCCCUGCAGCUGACCAGUUUCACCAUCAACUCUAGGUUU